AUGGAGCGGCCCCAGGGAGCUGCGGAUGGUCUCGCGCACUCGUUCCACGGCCUCGGCCCUCUCCUUCUCCUUCUCCAGCUGUUGCUGCCGGUAGCCCUCAGCCAGGACCGGCUGGACGCGCCUCCGCCUCCUGCAGCGCCGCCGCUGCGCUGGUCCGGCCCCGUCGGGGUGAGCUGGGGGCUGCGCGCGGCCGCGGCCGGGGGCCCGUUUCCCCACGGCGGCCUUAAGCACGUGUUUGAUGAUCUCAGCGGCUCAGUGUCCUUGUCUUGGUUUGGAGAUAGCACAGGGGUCAUUCUAGUCUUGACUACCUUCCAUGUACCUCUGGUGAUUAUGACUUUCGGACAGUCCAGACUAUAUCGAAGUGAAGAUUAUGGAAAGAACUUUAAAGAUAUUACAAAUCUCAUCAAUAACACCUUUAUUCGGACUGAAUUUGGCAUGGCUAUUGGUCCUGAGAACUCUGGAAAGGUGAUUUUAACAGCAGAGGUGUCUGGAGGAAGUCAUGGAGGAAGAAUCUUCAGAUCAUCAGAUUUUGCAAAGAACUUCAUUCAGACUGAUCUGCCAUUUCAUCCUCUCACUCAGAUGAUGUAUAGUCCUCAGAAUUCAGAUUAUCUCUUAGCCCUCAGUACUGACAAUGGCCUGUGGGUGUCCAAGAAUUUUGGGGGAAAAUGGGAAGAAAUCCACAAAGCAGUAUGUUUGGCCAAAUGGGGAUCAGAAAAUACCAUCUUCUUUACCACCUAUGUGAAUGGCUCCUGCAAAGCUGACCUUGGGGCAAUGGAAUUAUGGAGAACUACAGACUUGGGGAAAAGCUUCAAAACCAUUGGUGUGAAGAUAUAUUCAUUUGGUCUUGGGGGCCGUUUCCUUUUUGCCUCUGUGAUGGCUGAUAAGGAUACAACUCGAAGGAUCCACGUGUCAACAGAUCAAGGGGACACCUGGAGCAUGGCCCAGCUGCCCUCGGUGGGGCAGGAACAGUUCUACUCCAUUCUGGCAGCUAAUGAUGACAUGGUAUUCAUGCAUGUAGAUGAGCCUGGGGAUACUGGAUUUGGCACAAUCUUUACCUCAGAUGAUCGAGGCAUCGUAUAUUCCAAAUCAUUGGACCGACAUCUCUAUACUACCACAGGCGGAGAGACAGAUUUUACCAAUGUGACCUCCCUCCGUGGCGUGUAUAUAACAAGUGUACUUUCUGAAGAUAAUUCUAUUCAGACUAUGAUCACUUUUGACCAAGGUGGAAGAUGGAAGCACCUGAGAAAGCCUGAGAACAGUGAAUGUGAUGCUACAGCAAAAAACAAGAAUGAGUGCAGCCUUCAUAUUCACGCUUCUUACAGCAUCUCCCAGAAGCUAAAUGUCCCAAUGGCCCCACUCUCAGAGCCUAACGCCGUAGGCAUCGUCAUUGCUCAUGGUAGUGUGGGGGAUGCCAUCUCGGUUAUGGUCCCAGACGUGUACAUCUCAGAUGAUGGUGGCUACUCCUGGGCAAAGAUGCUGGAAGGACCCCACUAUUACACCAUCCUGGAUUCUGGAGGCAUCAUUGUGGCCAUUGAGCACAGCAGCCGUCCUAUCAAUGUGAUUAAGUUCUCCACAGAUGAAGGUCAGUGCUGGCAAACCUACACCUUCACCAGGGAGCCCAUUUACUUCACUGGCCUUGCUUCAGAGCCUGGGGCCAGGUCCAUGAACAUCAGCAUCUGGGGCUUCACAGAAUCUUUCCUCACCCGCCAGUGGGUCUCCUACACCAUCGAUUUUAAAGAUAUCCUUGAAAGGAACUGUGAAGAGAAGGACUAUACCAUAUGGCUGGCUCACUCCACAGACCCCGGAGAUUAUGAAGAUGGCUGCAUUUUAGGCUAUAAAGAACAGUAUCUACGGCUACGCAAGUCGUCCGUCUGUCAGAAUGGUCGAGACUAUGUUGUGACCAAGCAGCCAUCCAUCUGUGUCUGUACCCUGGAGGACUUCCUCUGUGAUUUUGGCUACUUCAGACCAGAAAAUGAUUCAAAGUGUAUGGAACAGCCUGAACUGAAGGGCCACGACCUGGAGUUUUGUCUGAACGGCAGAGAAGAGCACCUGACAACAAGCGGAUACCGGAAAAUUCCAGGAGACAAAUGCCAAGGGGGGGUGAAUCCAGUUCGAGAAUUAAAAGACUUGAAAAAGAAAUGCACGAGCAACUUUUUAAGUCCAGAAAAGCAGAAUUCCAGGUCUAGUUCUGUUCCAAUUAUUCUGGCGAUAGUGGGAUUGAUGCUGGUCACCAUCGUAGCAGGAGUGCUGAUUGUGAAGAAGUACGUCUGUGGAGGAAGGUUCCUGGUGCAUCGAUACUCUGUGCUGCAGCAGCACGCAGAGGCCAAUGGAGUGGAUGGCGUGGACACGUUAGACACCGCCUCUCACACCCAGAAAAGCGGUUACCAUGAUGACUCAGAUGAGCCCCUGUUCCGACCCUUAGAUGAGACUAGCAGGAUAGGGAAAGGCCAGCCCCAUUACAUAACCCUGGGCUGGGACCCUGGAGGCCAGGCCUGA